UGUACCGACUCCUCCGUCUAUGAACGCUGCACCGUAGCAAUCUGGGUAAGAUGGACGACUGCGAUUGAGAUCCGGUCAAGCGGCAAGCGAGAAGAAGACCCGGAAAACCCGCUCGUUGAUAUCAAGCGGCUCGCUUCAGCUCUCGACACAGCUAUGAAAGAACACAAGGGCACCAUCUCUCAAGUUCCGAAGGUCACUGUCGGCUUGGAGCAAUCGGAAAUCCCACUGUUCAGGGAGGAAGGUCAAAUUGAGCACAUCCAGAUGACGUUCCAACCUGAAACCCACCCGAGGAAACCAUUCCAUGUCGAAGAGGCACAUUCCAGCGGUGCUAAGUUUGAGAUCGGCUGCGAUCCCAUUUACUCUCGAACCGCCCCCCGUAGCAGGGAGCAUUUGAUCUGGAAGCCCUAUGGCGGGGAAUGCAGCUUCCCAGAUUAUGGCAUAUUUUUGAGAUGCAAGAAGCUCGGUCAUGCAACACUCAGGAUCAAGAUAGUCCACAAGUCGUCACUGUGGCCUACC